GCCCCUGCCAUGGACUGGAUCGUCUGAAGACUCUUCGAUACAUAAAGCGGAUUGUUUCCUCGAGUUGAGCAAGUUUUUUUUCCUCUUCCGUCAUCACACACUCUCACCAUUGUUUCCCUUUGUCCUCUUUUCCUUGUUUCAUUUCCAACAAAGGCUUAGUCCCUUUUCUUUGCAAUACCCAAUUAGCACAACAUCACUCUGGUAGUGAUACAUUUUCUUUGAAUUCCUUUUUCUUCUGUCUUUUAAACAACUUACUUGAUUUCACACCCGUUCACAACAGCCCAUUAUGAAGUUCUCCGCUCUCUCCGUCGCCGCCAUCGCUGGCCUCGCUCAAGCCGCCGAAGUCCAGGUAGUCUCUGUCGGCAAGAACCCCGUCAAUGGCGAGGUUGCCCUCAAAUACUUCCCCGAGAAGAUCACCGCUAAGCCCGGCACCAUGGUUCAGUUCCAGUUCCUUGGAGGCAACCACACCGUCACCCAGUCCAACUUCGACAACCCUUGCAUCCCUCUCCACAAGGCCGACUCCAGCAAGCAGAACUUUGCCUCUGGCUUCCAGCCUGUCGCCGCUGGCGAAUCCAAGGGCCAGCUCCCAGUCUUCACCAUCAAGAUCAACGACACCAAGCCCAUCUGGGUUUACUGUGGCCAGGGCCCUCACUGCAUGAAGGGCAUGGCCAUGGUCAUCAACGAAGCCUCCAACACCACAAAGACUCUCGAAGAAUACAAGAAGAAGGCAGCUGGCACUGCUCCCGCAGGUGGUUCUCCUCCUGCCUCUGGUGGUCAGCCUCCUGCUGGCACCCAGGUUGGCCAGCCCUCUGCAUCUGGUGGCUCCAGUGCUCCUCCCGCUACCUCCUCUCAGCCCGUUGUUGCCGGAGCCAGCACUAUUGGCGUCUCUGCCACCAUGCUCCUGGCCCUUGGUUCCAGCCUUCUUUUCCUCUAGACGUUUUUUUUGGAUCAUUUUCGGCAGUUCGUAUUAAUAAUUUUGUUCACGGCAAAGCAUAUACAGAUAGACUUUGAUGGCUUCAUAGUUUGUACUAUAUCCAAACACGGGCCUUGGGGGGUUGAUUUCCCCAUGUCAAAUAAGAAACACAUUAAAACAUCAAUUCAUCAUUAUACCAAUCUGAUUUCAGUUAAUUUGUUGUUAUAUUCAUAGCUGGCCUGUCGGCUUGUAAUAAAGACAUAGCCUUUCAUUUAUCCUGGCGGGGCUCCCGGGGCUUUCGGUUCUUCAUAGCAUAUUCGCAGGGUUCCCUAAUCGGCUCGUUUUCAGGCCAGCCAUCGGGGUAUUUGACAUAGCCAAUCUUUUGGUACUUGUCAUUCCUGGCAAAAAAGCUGGCCCAGUGUGCAAGCCCCUCAUGGACCUUUUGCUUGGCAGCUUCAAGUUCUUGUUUCUUCAGUUCCGCCAUCUCCGCGGUUGUCCACUGCGCGUCAAUCUUAGGAUCAUCCAAAGGUAAGAACAUCUUUUCAGCGCCUCGCAUAUCCGAAGUGAAGUCUUCCUUGAAACAACCAGUAACGAACGCCCUGGAGGCAUCACGACCUACAAAUACAUUGUAAGAUCCACCCGGGCCAUACAUGCGGCGGCCUUCGGUAACAUCGUAUAUCGUUCCAUUGACAGCCAAGUAUAGGGGUGUCGAUUCAUCCUUUCCGUUGAAUUUGGCAAGCUCUUCCAGAGUCAAAUAUUGGGGACCGGACUAGGUGCAACAGACACAGGUUAGUUAUAGAUAGGGCAUUGAGCUCGUCUGCGCCAACAUACGAAUUUUGUUUGCCAGUACCGUAGUUGAAGAUAAUUGGGCUUAUGCUUCAUUCCCCAAAAGUAACUCUCACCACCACUAACAAGGUAGCUAACACCACACGAGGCGACAAGCAGAAACGUCAGGACGCGGAAGAUGUCAAUGACCCAUGAUGUCUCGUCAUCGUCCUCCCUUGCUUUGCCACUGGUCGAUUUUGCCGGAGUUUUGGUGGUGGUAUCGGCAGCUACCGCGGGCUUUCGCUGUCGAACUUCCGAGUCGGCCAUGAUGAAUUGACAGCGAAUCGUUCGAAAGGGGGCAGUUGAACGGAAUGAUGACAAAAGAGGGGGUGCUGGUUGGUGAACAGCUGGGCACACCAAUACUUUGUAUGGCUGUCAAGUACC